CUUAAUUUAUUCUUCAUUUUCUCUGUUAGGCUCUUCACUCUUCUGUGUUCUCUCUUAAAUCACUUUAGAACUUUUCUCAUUGUCUCUUGUAAGCAUGGUGAACAAAAGAAAGAAGAACUUGGUUUCUCCUGAUGCAGGUGGAUCAACAUCCGGGAGUCCAAAGAGAAAAGGUGUCUGCAAAAAUUAUGUACAUGCUUGUCCAGCUUACCUUGAAACCCUUGGCCAGACACAUUGUGGCUGGACUUUUGGUGCAAUUGCUGAAAUUGUUGACAACUCCAAGGAUGCCAGAGCAACCAAAUUGGAUAUUUUAGUUGAGCAUCAUCAUUCAGAAAUGCAUGGGGAAAGGAUUCCUAUGCUAGCACUAAUUGAUGAUGGACAUGGAAUGUCACAUGAUGAAUUGCUUGUCAUGCUCUCUCUUGGAAACAAAAAGUUCCAUCAAGACGAUAGAGAGCGAAUUGGAAAAUAUGGGGUUGGUUUCAGGACUGGGGCUAUGAAACUGGGGCGCGAUGUCAUUGUUCUUACGCAGACUACUGAAUCACGAUCCGUGGCAUUCCUUUCACAGACUUGCAAUGAAAGCAACAAAGAUGAUGACUCAGAGGCAGAGUUAGAGCUGCCGAUUGUUACCUAUCAUAGAAUCGCUUCUGUUAUGGAAUUGGAUACCGAUGUUCAGUCAGAACAGACGUCCGAGUACAAUCUAGACAUUAUGAAGAGGUUUUCACCAUUCAAUGAAUAUUUCAUUGGUGGAAAGUUUGCACUGUUUGGUGAAAAUGGGCAGGGGACGCAAGUUUAUAUCUGGAAUUUAGAAAAGAGUGGCUCAGAUUUCAGUUUGGAAUGGCAGAGAAGUAAUAAUGGAGACGUCAAUGGCGACGAUAUAGUGAUUCGUUCAAGAAGAACAAGGCAGCGUCCGGGUCCAUUAUCCCAAAGGGUGCCUUUGGAUUAUUCGCUUCGGGCAUACCUUGAAGUUAUCUUCAUAGACCCACGCAUGGAGAUAUUCAUUCAAGGUUCAUUGGUUAAAAGUCGACUAGUGGCGAAAUCUUUGGAUAAAACCAAGAUCAUUGAUGGUAAUAUACCGGGGAAGCCUGUUCAGCUUAUCCUUGGCCAUUGCAAGCAAGAAUGGGAACGGAUGAAUAGCGGGAUAUUUCUUUAUUGGCACGGUCGUUUAAUUGAGGCUUACAAGAGAGUUGGAGGCAUGAUUCAGCACCCGGAGAACAGCCGCGGUGUAAUUGGAGUUGUGGAUGUGACUGAUGUAAUGCGUGUCGGUGACCGUGAUAUGGUAAACAAUACCAAGCAAACAUUCCAAGAAUGUGAAGCGUAUGCAGAGUUGGAGGACUGGUUAGGUGGCAUGCUAGAUAUGUACUGCAGAGAAAAUUCUGAAGGUGGUGGCUCCAGUGCAAAUUCGGAAGACCACAUGUCAGAUUUAAUAUACCUACGAGUCCAAAACAACCUGCUGCAAAGAAAUCGUUGAAUUCUGCAGGAAGGAACACUACAAGUACUAGUACCGUGAGGACGCAAGGAUCUGAAGAUGACUCCAGUGCAACUUCGGAAAGACCUCAUGUGGUACAUAAUAUACCCGAGGUUCCCAAGGCCGAGAGGGGACGUCCAAAACUAACAGCUGCACAGAAAGCCUCCAACUAUGCAACAAGGAACUCUACAAGCACUAUCAAUAUGGGUCUGCAAAGAUGUGAAGCUAAUUUGGGAUUUCGAAAAAGGUUC